UGUCCUUCCACUGUGCGACAUCAGAAAACAUGGCUGCGCUCUUGAGAUCAGCCCCGUUACUUAAGUGUUCGCCUUUGGGCUUGCUUCAGAUCUCAUGCACCAAAAGAACCGGGCCGCCCCUCCGCCUGCUGUUCAGCGGGCCUCUCGGCGCCAGAGGGACCGGAGUUUGUUCCCGACACAUCAGCCCUGUUUCGGGAAACGCGUCCAGUCGCGUGUGGCCCUAUACAGCGGGGUGUGUGCGUAACUAUGCCGUGGCCACUGAGCAGAAGGAUGAGCCCGGCAUUCCGGUGCGGUUCGAUCAGGCGGAGCAGUUCGACUGGGCUCUGGCCAAGCUGGACAGCUCAGUGAGGAGAACCGGUCGCAUCACCAAGACUCAGCUGACCCACAUCUUCCAAGAAAUCUGCAAGAAAGGUAGGCAGGCAGAGCAGUGAUCUGAGAGAACGCUU